AUGAAGCGUUUGGAGACCCGUAUUCAGUCCUCAGUUGGGCCAUCAAGAUUUGAAUAUCUGUGGCUUCGCUUAUCGCACCAGGCAACUUUUGUCUCAAAGCAAACUAUUGCAGAAACCUCUAUUGGUCUCAAUGACAGUGCUACACACGUCAAGAACACUAUCGCUAUUCUUGUCAGUCGUCGAGAAAAUUUGGUCACUAGCUUCAGUAGCGUGUGGAAGCGUGCAGAGAAACUUGCGGAUCAACCAGGCAUCGAGCUCAAUAUUCCUCGCAUACCUCGCUACGGUCGACGCCAAGUUUAUCGUGACAACCCUCAAACAAAUUCGGCAGAAGAAUAUUUCAGAGUAACAGUCUAUGCUCCCCUACUGGACUUCAUUAUAACUUAUUUACGAGAAAGAUCCUCUGCUGAAACUUGGGAUGUGUUCAACCUUUCUGUUUUCAGUCCAGAAAGUAUUGUGAAGAUCUCUGCAGGUGAAACUGAAAAAAUUGCAGAGUCCUUCACCAACCGCUUCGGUUCGUUGCUUGACGUGGACAAAGGCAUUGCUUCUCUUAUGUUACGGGAUGAAAUGUUGUUGUGGCGAGAGAAAUGGAAUCAAGAAACAGAACGACAAAAAGAGCUUCCAACCAUCGCCCUUGACAUAUUGGCUAGAUGUGAUAACGAUGCAUAUCCUAUAAUACAUAAGCUUUUAUUGGUCCUGGCAACGCUUCCAGUGACAAUUGCAUCUGCUGAAAGAUCGUUUUCGUCGUUGCGGCGCCUGAAAAGUUACUUAAGAACAUCGAUGAAUGAAAGGCGACUCCUUGGUCUUGCACUUAUGCAUAUUCAUUACCAGAUUCCUGUAGACGUAGAAAAACUAAUUACAAGAUUUUCAAAAAGUGGGCGUAGAAGGAGAUUAGAAUUUAAUAUUUAA